UCAAGCUGGGGCGGUGGGAGCCAUGAAGCUGAACAUCUCCUUCCCAGCCACAGGCUGCCAGAAGCUCAUCGAGGUGGACGAUGAGCGGAAGCUGCGCACCUUCUACGAGAAGUGGAUGGCCACCGAGGUCCCGGCCAACUCCCUGGGCGAGGAGUGGAAGGGCUACGUGGUCCGCAUCAGUGGCGGCAACAACAAGCAGGGCUUCCCCAUGAAGCAAGGGGUCUUCACCCACGACCGUGUCCAUCUGCUGCUCAGCAAGGGCCACUCUUGCUACCGCCCCCGGAGGACCGGCGAGCAGAAGCGCAAGUCCGUGCGUGGCUGCAUUGUGGACGUCAACCUGAGCGUGCUCAACUUGGUCAUCGUGAAGAAAGGCUCGCAUCUCCUCCUGAAGAGUGGUGACAUAAACGUGGUGGAAGACAACACAGCGAUGGUGAAAAAAUCAAUAACCAUUGGGGGUGACAGUCUUUGCAGAAUGAAGGAAAUGGGUUUUGUGUUAAAAUCAAAACAGAAGAAUGAUAAAAAGGCCCCCAAAGGUAGCACGGUGGUAGUCUCGGGCAGUGAGCAUGCGUUUAUCUGCUCCUAUGUGUGUGUGGUCUCUUCUCCUAAUUUAUUUGCACUUCAACCCAUUGGGAUCAAACUGCAAUCCCUGUAG